UAUUAGAUCAUCUUGAUUUGAUUUUUAGGAAGAAAAUGAGUGGUUUUUUUGUUGCAGUGAAGGAGCCAGAAUUGGAAAUUGGGGGCCCCACUGAUGUGAAGCAUGUUGCACAUAUUGGGACGGAUGGCUCCUCCGGAAAUGCACCCUCUUGGAUGAAUGAGUACAAGACGGGGAGUGAUUUUGCAGCAACAUCCCUUGGUAAUUCUGCCUCCGGUUCGGGCUCAGCCGGCACGUCUCCCUGGUCAUCUCGAGAACUUGGUGAAUCCCAAUCGGGUGAAACCUCGACGGAGGUUGCUGGCGCGAAGAAGAAGGAGAGGAGGAAGAAGCCGAGAUCGAGUAACUCUUCUCAAUCCAACAACGGCUCUUGUUCAUCAAGGCCUUCAAGGCAAGGAAAGCCAAAAACCAAAUUCAUUGAAGACAAUGCUACAAACAUCCAAGUUGUAUAAUAAAAUCAUCUAAUUAAACUUGUGAAUUUCUUCCAUUUUAUCCACUUCUUGAUGCCUUUUUCUAUGUUGUAGAGUUAAUUAUGAUUUGAGGGAGGGGCUAUCUAUCUAUCUAUCUAUA